CACCAGGCACAUCUCCUACGAAGGAUGUGCUGCACAGGUCUUUUUCUUUCUCUUCUUCAUUUCAGCUGAAUAUUCUCUCCUCACUGUCAUGUCCUAUGACCGCUACGUUGCCAUCUGCAAGCCCCUGCACUACGGGACCUUGAUGGACAGCAGAGCUUGUGCCACCAUGGCAGCAGCUGCCUGGGGCACUGGGGUUCUCUAUUCCCUGCUGCACACUGCCAAUACAUUUUCACUGCCUCUCUGCCAAGGCAAUGCCAUCAAUCAGUUCUUCUGUGAAAUCCCCCACAUCCUUACGCUCUGCUGCUCACACUCCUACCUCAGGGAAGUUGGGCUUAUUGUAUUUUGUGUCCCUUUGGAGUUUGGGUGCUUUGUAUUCAUUGCUGGGUCAUAUAUGCAGAUCUUCAGGGCUGUGCUGAGGAUGCCCUCUGAGCAGGGACGGCACAAAGCCUUCUCCACGUGCCUCCCUCACCUGGCCGUGGUCUCCCUGUUUCUCAGCACAGGCAUGGUUGCUUAUUUGAAGCCACCCUCCAUCUCCUUCCCAUCCCUGGACCUGGUGGUGUCAUUUCUGUACUCGGUGGUGCCUCCAAUGCUGAACCCCCUCAUCUACAGCAUGAGGAACCAGGAGUUCAAAGAUGCUCUGCGGAAACUGAUGACCAAAUGA